GCUAGAUUAAUUAUCAGAGACAUACACAUGUACAUGUAGAUAUUAAUUAAUUUUGAUCCACAACAGAAGAGUGAAAAGGAGCCCUGUAGCAUACAAUGGACCUCGCAAUGGACCAAGAAAGAAAAGCCACAGAGAAUUUUAUCCUCAUUCAAUAUGUCUACAUUGCUAUGUCAGUGACCUACCUACUGCUGGGAUUACACAGCAACAGCAAGUUGCUCAAGUUGGUGCUCAAAUGUUCCCCCAUUGCAACUCUCCUUGGAUUGAUUGGCUACAGCGCUUUCAACAUUUUUAAUGGUUUGGGACCUCUAUUACCUGGAAAUACGCUCAAUAAUCUGUGGUGCCUUUUUUGGGGCAUUUUGUUCUCUCUUCUCGGUGACAUGUAUCUCGUCUUUGACAGUAUGUUUUUGCUGGGUAUCGUUUCAUUCUCUAUGACACAAGGUAUAUACGCCUACUUUUUCAAUGGGGCACAGCUGUUGUUGGGGAUCUCCACAGGUCUUGAGCAGCAGCAGAUCAUCACAGCACUCGCUAUAGGUCUUGUGUCUGCAAUUUUCUAUUGCUAUGUCUACCCAAAGUUUAGCUGGAAAAUGUCCGUGUUAGCACUGCUCUACUGUGUACUGACAUCCACCAUGCUAUGGUCUGCAAUAACUCGAGCUCAGUUGACGCCCAGCACUCCCAAUCUGACAGCUGCUGUUGGGGCUUGUUUGUUCUACAUAUCUGAUCUGGUGCUGGCUUUGAAGAAGUGGAGGUUUGAAACACCUAUAGCGGACAUUGUCGUCAUGGUGACUUAUUAUGGUGCUCAACUUUUAAUUGUGCGUUCUGUAUUUACACCUUUGUCAUAGGUAGUCAUUUUUUGUAUAAGAGUGCAGUUGAUACAUGUACACUCUUAUGUUUUUGCACAGAGUGUGUUUGUAGAUAUUAUGUUAGGAUUAGAUUACAAGAGUGGGUUUGAAAAAGGGUCAAUAAAAAAACUUGUCAACAGUCAAUAA